GGGCUGAAAGCCCAUAAACGCUGAAGAUUGUGUCGAAACGCGCAGACACGAACGCAUCUGAUCACAACAUUAAAACAUUCUGAUCACAUCUGAUCUAAGCUCUGAGAAUAUUCACGUUUAUUAGAUAUCACCUCUGUGGUGGAUUAAUCGACUGAACCGCAGUCAAAUCGGAUUUAUUUCAUCCAGUUUUGUGAGGAUUCAACAGGUCUGUGUGACAUGGAGUCUGUCUUUUCUGGAUACAGAAACAAACUGAAGCGUCAGGUAGCUUUCGAGAUGUUUGAAGACCCCUUGUCUCUGUUCUCGGGGUUUUAUCCGCCGGUUGAGGACGAGUUGCCCGCUCAAGAAGUUCCUUCAGGUCUGGAGUGUUUCUCACAGGAUGCGUGUUGUGUGCCGCUGCUGACGCCCUGCAGUAAAGCCCUCAUGAGUCAAGCUCUGAAGGACAGCUUCAGUGGAUUCUCUAAAGUUCAGCGUCUCUGUGGCAUCUCAGACAACCCGCGCAGAUGGAUGAAAGAGCAGGUGUUGCAGUGGCUGUACUGGGCGUCGGGUGAAUUCAGCUUGACCAACGUCAACUUCUUUAAGUUUGACAUGAGCGGCAGUGAGCUGUGUGAUCUGGGUAAGGAGGGAUUCCUGGAUCUGGCUCCGGAUUUUGUGGGUGACAUUCUGUGGGAGCACAUCGAGCAGAUGUUGAGAGCUUAUCAAGAGAAAGAAGAGGCCAAAGUCUCGAGUCGGCCGUCUGAGUCCAGCUGGAGCAGCAGGAACCAUGUCAGAUUGGAGGAGCGUUCUCUGAUGGUUUCUGAUAACUGCAGCAGUCUGCUCCGAGAGCUCUUCGAGACUACAGAUGAAUGUUCUGAGCCCGAGAUGUCUGCGUAUGCCAAACCUCAACUGAGCACGGUCAGCGUGAGCUACAUCGGAGCGGCUCCGCGUCUCAACACACCCGGGUCGUCACGCGACCAGACGUCUGUGGAGAGCAUGGAGGGUUCCGAGAGCGUCCUGCGGUCCUGGGGGAGCCACUCCUCUCUCGCCGACACCCAGCGCGUCCCGUCCUAUGACAGCUUUGAGGAGGAGUUGGGUGUGACCCCGCUGACCCUGGGCAAACAGGGACUGUCCUUCAAAGACUACGUUCAAGAGCGGAACGAGCCGCUGGAGCAGGGAAAAGCAGUGAUACCGGCUGCCGUGCUCGCAGGAUUCACAGGAAGCGGCCCCAUUCAGCUGUGGCAGUUUCUUCUGGAGCUGUUGACUGACUCCACCUGUCAGAACAUCAUCAGCUGGACCAGCGACGGCUGGGAAUUCAAACUCACCGACCCCGAUGAGGUGGCGCUCCGCUGGGGGAAGAGGAAGAACAAACCCAAAAUGAACUACGAGAAGUUGAGUCGGGGACUUCGAUACUACUACGAUAAGAACAUCAUCCACAAGACGUCAGGGAAACGUUACGUGUACCGCUUCGUCUGCGACCUGCAGAAUCUCUUGGGUUACACUGUGGAGGAGCUGCACGGCAUGCUGGGAGUUCAGCCCGACACGGAGGACUGAAGGAGAGGGAGCGACCCUCUCUUGUGCGGAUCGGACCUCGCUGAAGGUCUCUUGUUUGUGAUGAGUUUCAUCACGCGUGGAGCGAGUGUUUGCCGCUGCCAGCGUUCCAACAGAAAACUGGAUUCACAGACACUGAAUGUGAUGAUUUCUGUUAUCAUGUUGAUUAUUGACUCGUAUUUCACAGAGAGAAGAUGAUUUAUUUCUGAUUUAUUAACUGUGUCUACACGCGUGUGCAGGGAUCUAAACAUCAGAGACAUGACUACUGAAAGUCUUUCAUAUACUGACAGUAUGUAACGAGACGCUGUGACACAUUCACUUCUGUUGAUAUUUUGUGUUGUAAAUAUGAGUUGAUAUUUAUUUCAUGAAUCUUUGGGAUGGCUCAGCCCAAAGUGAGAUUUCUUUGUUUUGCGUUUACCAUCUCGCAGGAGAUGUUUCGUGUCUCGUGGGGCACUUUUUACAUAAACUUAUUAACACGCAUCAUGAUUGAGAUCUGCUGUAAUAUCGCAGUGAAUAUUUAUUUAUUUUUCUCUCUUACGCGAAUCACUGCAGGGGACCGUUUUCACUGCAGGGGACCGAAGCAUCUUUUGAGGAAUGGUUGGUUUCAUAUUUGACUUGAUAAAGAAUUUCUCAUUUAUUGAUCCGUGAGAACUCUACAUCACUGCCGUAUCAUUUAUCAACUAAAUGUGUGAACGCUUGUUUAAAAGAAAAGUCUUGAAUUUUUGACAGUCGGUGAGGUUCAGCUUUGAUGAUCUCAUGCUUGUGCAGACGUGUUGAAUAUCUGAGCGAGUGUUUAUGUCGUGACUCAGACGGGUUAUGGCCUACGGGCAGAUUGUGUUUGACUCAUGAGAAACACUCGUGUGCAGACAAGCAUCUUUAUACUGUUAACACACAUACGUAGACUUACAAUGAACAGCGAUGUGUGUUAUUGUGAAAACUAAUAAACUCUCCAUAUGUGAGAACAGAUGAACAUG